AUGAACGAACUGGUACACCAAUACGAUUAUUUGACGGAUUUACCAACUGACUCAUAUCAGAACGUUCAACCAAGGAUACUCAUCGGAGUAGAUAACUGCUACCUGGGACAUGCGCUGGAUAGCAGAGAGGGAAUGAUACAUGAACCGAUUGCUGCUAGAACACGUCUAGGUUGGAUAAUCUUUGGACCGUUGUCGACAGCUGCUCCAGCGGUAUCAGACUCUCCGGCGUGUAAUAACCUCCAUAUAUGCGCGUGCUGUGAGCGAAAGGAUGCGGAACUACAUAACACGGUAAAAGCAUAUUUUUCGUUAGACAGUCUCGGAGUUGCGCGCUUUACCAAGCCACUUUUAUCAAAAGACGAUGAUCGAGCGGUACGUUUGCUGGAAUCGUCGACCCAGGUGAAAGGUAGGCGAUAUGAAACCGGAUUACUCUGGCGUUACGACAAUGCUCAACUACCGGACAGUAGACCAAUGGCAAUGAAGCGGUUGGUGUGCUUAGAGAAGCGUAUGCAAAGAGAACCCGAACUGGCACGAAUUUUGAAGGAGAAGAUCAACGAUUAUCAGCGAAACGGAUACAUCGAGAAGUUGACAAAGACUCAACUGUCCGAGGAAUUCCCGCGUGUCUGGUAUCUCCCAAUAUUUCCCGUGGUUAACCCAAACAAGCCUGGGAAGCUUCGCAUAGUCUGGGAUGCGGCUGCAAAGGUGGCGGGAACUUCGCUGAAUUCAUUUUUACUCAGUGGUCCGGACCAACUUACUUCUCUUCCGUCUGUGUUACACCGUUUCCGGGAGUUCCGAAUUGCUGUUACGGGUGAUAUCCGCGAGAUGUUCCACCAGGUGUUGGUGAACAGAACCGACCAGCAAUGCCAAAGAUUCCUGUGGCGCGAUGGCGAUCAAUCCCGAAGUCCAGAUGUCUACGCGAUGAAAGUUAUGACAUUCGGGGCGACGUGCUCACCUAGUUGUGCGCAGUUCGUUAAAAACCAUAACGCACUACGAUACCAAUCCCGCUUUCCAAGAGCGGCCGAGGCUAUACUGAAAGAGCAUUAUGUUGACGAUAUGCUUUCUAGUGAGGAGUCGGAAGAGGCGGCGGUGAAGCUUGCAAAAGACGUCCGUUUUAUCCACUCACAGGCUGGAUUCGAAAUACGUAAUUGGCUGUCGAACUCAAAGCGAGUACUUCAAGAAUUGGAGGCGGAGCCGGGCGAAAAAAGCUUAAAUCUGUCGAGCGAGUUGGGGACGGAGAAAGUUCUUGGUAUGUGGUGGUGCACCGCUUCCGAUACUUUUACUUUCAAAGUUUCUCCGAGGAUAAGUGCAGAUUUACUACAAGGCCGCGUCAUACCGACAAAGCGUCAGAUUUUGAGCACCCUGAUGAUGGUGUACGAUCCGCUUGGAUUACUGGCAAAUUUCCUGAUGUUCUUGAAAAUCUUGCUUCAAGAGAUCUGGCGCAGUGGUGUUAAUUGGGACGAGCACAUCGCAAGUGAGCAAUGGGAGAAGUGGCAAAUGUGGCUUAGAGUUCUUCCUCACGUGGAGGAUGUACGAGUUCCAAGGUGUUACCGAGAGAAAACUGGCAUUGGAGAACAAAAUCGGAUACAGCUACAGAUAUUCGUCGACGCGUCUGAAAACGGAUUCGCAGCAGUUGCGUACCUACGCUUCGAAGAACAUGACACCAUUGAGUGCGCGAUAAUCGGGGCUAAGACCCGAGUGGCACCCCUGAGGUACGUGUCGAUUCCUACGCUGGAACUUCAAGCGGCAGUAAUCGGAGCCCGUUUGGCGAACGAUGUAAUGGAGUCGCACACAUUGAAACCUACUCAAAGAUUUUUUUGGACAGAUUCACGUGACGUGCUUUGCUGGAUAAAUUCGGACCACCGUAAAUAUAGCCAGUUCGUUGCAGUACGAGUCAGUGAAAUGCUGGAGUUGACCGAACCAACUGAAUGGAACUGGAUUCCGUCGAAACUAAACGUUGCUGAUGAUGCCACGAAGUGGCAGAGGUUGCCGGAUCUGUCUCCUACAAGUCGCUGGUUUCGAGGUCCUGAAUACCUGUGGGAUCAAAGGGUUGAAUGGCCCGUUACAACUUUGAAUCACGGGCACACCGUCGAGGAAAUACGUCCAAACGUGCUCCAUCACGUCGAAGAGCGUGCGCUGUUUCGAUGGGAGAAGUUCUCACAAUGGAAACGGCUUCUACGCCAGGUGGCAUUUGUGAAACGGUUCCCAGCGAACGUUCGUAGGAAAAAAGCGAAGCAGAAUAUCGUUACUGGAGUGCUGACUCAAAAAGAGCUCAAGGAAGCAGAAAUUUUCAUCCCCAAACUGGUGCAGAAUGCUGUGUUCGCUCCUGAAAUAGAGUCACUGCACAAACCGAACAAGGUACCCUGGAAGAAAGCAUUACCGAAAAGUAGUCCGUUGUACAGGUUGAGUCCAUUCAUUUCCGAAGAUGGGAUUCUACGUAUGAAAGGCUGA